AUGAAGAGUGACUGGUCAAAAGGUUUACUUCCUCCAGACUUCAGUAAUGAACCUGGACCCCAAGGAACUGAUGAAGCAGGAAGUGAAAUCCUCCUCAUCAGCAUCUUCACUGAGGUCCACAUCACAGAGGGACAGAGUGAAGAGGUUAAUACCCAACAUGAGGUGAGGCAGCUUGAAACAGCUUCCAAGAUGAAGACCCUCCAUGACGCUCCAAUCAAGUGUCAGGACAUCUUUAAAGUCUUACCUGACCAACAGGAAACAGUCAGAGUGGUUCUGAUGAAUGGCGUCGCUGGCGUUGGAAAAACCUUCUCAGUGCUGAAGUUCACUCUGGACUGGGCACAGCGCUCCAACAACCAAGAUAUCAGUCUGCUGAUUCUGUUCUCGUUCAGGUCGCUGAACUUGAUCAAAGAUGAGCAGUACAGUCUGCUCAUGCUGAUCCAUGUUUUCUAUCCAACAUUACAGAAGCUCACAGCAGAGAAGCUCGCUGGCUGUAAAGUUCUGUUCAUCUUUGACGGCCUGGAUGAAAGCAGACUUUCACUGGAUUUCAACAACAGUGAGGUCGUGUCUGAUGUCACACAGAAGUCAUCAGUCAGCGUGCUGUUGACAAACCUCAUCAAGGGGAAGCUGCUUCCCUCGGCUCUCGUCUGGAUAACUUCCCGACCUGCAGCAGCCAAUCAGAUCCCUCGUUCAUGUGUGGACAGGGUAACAGAAGUACGAGGCUUCACUGACCCCCAGAAGGAGGAGUACUUCAGGAGGAGAUUCAGUGAUGAAGAGCACUCCAGCACAAUCAUCUCACACAUCAAGACAUCCAGGAGCCUCCACAUCAUGUGUCACAUCCCAGUCUUCUGCUGGAUCACUGCUACAGUUCUGGAUCACAUGUUGACUACAGACCAGAGAGGAGAGCUGCCCAAGACCCUGACUGACAUGUACUCACACUUCCUGCUGGUUCAGACAAAGAGGAAGAAGAACAAGUAUGAUGAGGGACAUGAGACGAGUCCACAGGAGCUGACGGAGGCUGACAGGAACCUUCUUCUGAAGCUGGGGAGGCUGGCGUUUGAACAACUGGAGAAAGGAAACAUCAUGUUCUACCAAGAAGACCUGGAGAAGUGUGGUCUUGAUGUCACAGAGGCCUCGGUGUUAUCAGGAGUUUGUACACAGAUCUUCAAAAGAGAGAGUGUGAUCUUCCAGAAACCAGUCUACAGCUUUGUUCAUCUGAGCGUUCAGGAGUUUCUGGCUGCAGUCUACAUGUACCACUGUUACACCAGCAGGAAGAGAAAGGGACUGGAGGACUUCCUGGGAGGAUACUACAGUCACUUAUCUUUGGAUCACAUACUGAAGAGAGCCAUGAAUAAAUCUCUCCUCAGUGAAAAUGGCCACCUGGACCUGUUUGUCCGCUUCCUUCAUGGCCUCUCUCUGGAGUCCAACCAGAGUCUCUUAGGAGACGUGCUGGGUCCGACACACAACAGGCCAAAAACCAUCCAGAGAGUGAUCAACAACCUGAAAGAGAUGAACAGUGGUGAUAUCUCUCCUGACAGAAGCAUCAACAUCUUCCACUGUCUGAUGGAGAUGAAGGACCGCUCAGUACAUCAGGAGAUCCAAGAGUUCCUGAAGUCAGAGAACAGAUCAGAGAAGAAACUCUCUGAUAUCCAAUGCUCAGCUCUGGCCUACAUGCUGCAGAUGUCAGAGGAGGUUCUGGAUGAGUUGGACCUGAAGAAGUACAACACAUCACAGGAGGGACGACGGAGACUGAUCCCAGCUGUGAGGAACUGCAGAAAGGCUGUACUUUGGGGCUGUGGACUCUCAGAGACUCACUGUGAAGUUGUGGCCUCAGCUCUGAAGUCCAACCCUCAUCUGACACAUCUGAACCUGAACUACAACAAACUGUCUGAUUCAUCAGAUUCAGGAGUGAAGCAGCUGUGUGGUUUUGUGGAGAGUCCAGACUGCAAACUGGAGACUCUGAGAUUGGAGCGCUGCAGUUUGUCAGAGAUCAGCUGUGAUUAUCUGGCCUCAGCUCUGAAGGACAACCCCUCCCAUCUGAGAGAGCUGAAUAUGAGCCUCAACGACCUGAAGGAUUCAGGAGUGAAGCAGCUGUGUGGUUUUGUGGAGAGUCCAGACUGCAAACUGGAGACUCUGAGAUUGGAGCGCUGCAGUUUGUCAGAGAUCAGCUGUGAUUAUCUGGCCUCAGCUCUGAAGGACAACCCCUCCCAUCUGAGUUGGCUGGAUCUGAGUGGAAACAGCCUGAAGGAAUCAGACGUGAAGCAGUUGAUUGAUCUUCAGCAGAGUCCAGACUGCACACUGGAGGAUCUGGAGUCAGGACCAGCAGAGGGCUCCAGUGGUAUUGGUAUGAGGGAAUGA